GUGACACUUAUACUAGACGACCACGAUCUUCCCCUUUCACAACCUUUCUUCUUACCAUUACUAUGCAGCCACCCGAAGAUCCUCAAGCGGCCGCUCUUUUGAGAUAUGUCUUGUCGCAGACACGUCAGAACAUCGAGUUUCUGGCCUCUCAGGACUAUCUCUCGCCUACCGACGUCGCGGACAUGAUGCGUCGACUGCCCAAGCUGCAGGACGGACCGUCAGUUGAGGACAUGAAGGCAUUGACUAUAGCCCCUCCGCAAGACGUGCCUCCUCCGGCGCGCCGCAUUCCUCCCCCGCCCCCGCGCACGCAGAGAGCUAGAGCGGUAUGGGCGUACAAUGAGGACGGUCAGGAACCGAACGAUCUGUCCUUCUCGGCUGGCGAAAUUGUCGAGAUUGUCGAUGAAACGAAUGCAGACUGGUGGACCGGGAGCUGCAGGGGACGUCAGGGGCUGUUCCCAUCCAACCACGUAGAGAAACUGGAUACAAGCUCUAUGCCGAUGCCACCGCCGAUGCCACAAAUGAUGUCUCCGAUGCCUCCGAUGCCUCCUAUGCAGGCACCUCCAUCAUACGUCUCCGCACCCCCCGAGAAGCCAGUUUAUCGUCCAUUUGGAGCUGUCAGUCAACCGAUGGAUCAGCCUCCUCCGCCCGGUGCGGGCGUCAACUCUAUGGGAUUGCAGCAAGCUCCGCAGCAGGAGCACAAGAAGAGCAAGUUUGGCAGGCUCGGCAAUACGAUGGCUAACUCUGCUGCUGGAGGCGUUGGGUUUGGGGCUGGUGCUGCCAUUGGUAGUGGUCUCAUCAAUGCAAUCUUCUAACGUGUAUGAGAAUAUUCGCUUCUUAUCUAUGCUCGUCUGGACCUUGAAAGCUGUGACCCCAUAGACCCAUCAUAGCAUUAAUAAUCAUAUGCAUAUUUGUGUUCAAAGUUAAUGAUCGGACGGCUGGUGUUGUUGCAUGAGCAAGUGUCCGACACCAUGAUGGUAGUUUCUCACAAAGUGGGGCCAAUGGGCACGAGAUGCGGCCUGCCGAACUUAUCGCGAAUGAUUUCAUACAUUGUAGCAUUGAACAAGUAUUAUUCACAGAGGACAUAAGACGUUUUGACACCCAGAGAGUAAAACACGACAGCCGGGGAAAGCGAGCAGUCGUGUACAUACGCCUUUGAUUUGUAACGUGUAUAAUAAAAAAACACGGAGGACACAGAGAAUCGUAAAUUGGU